UCGCAGUAAUCAGUUAUACUACGAACAGUGCGCAGCACAGACGCUUUAACGGCAGUUGACAAAAUAGCACAGUUGCCAGUUGGAGCACAGUAGCUGCAUUUGAGCAAAAUAAACAGUUAAUCCGUGUGCCUAAUUGCUUUUGAGCGCGUGUUUCUUAUACAAAAAAAAAAAAAAAAAACUAUUUUUUUUUCUUGUUUCUUGUUCUUGUUGCCAUUGUUGUUAUUAUUGUUGGAGCAGUUUUGUGUGGCGCGUUCGCAGCGCAACAAUUGUAUUGCAUAGAAAAUGUUGACGCAUUGAGCUGAUUGAUUGACAACAAUAAUUGCCUCACGAACUGCAAGGUCCCCGCCCAAGGGUAGUGAGUAGAGCAUCCCACAAAAUGUCGGAUCAGCAACGCGCCUCGUUAUGCCCGCGACUCGUCGACUACAUGGCCAUUGUGGGUGCGCACACGACCCCGCCAAUGCCCAAGGGCAUGCAGGGCAGCAAGGCGCCGCCCGUUCAGGUGCCCGACUUGCUGCGACGCUAUCCACCAUCGGACCAUGCGGACUUUCCGCUGCCGCUGGACAUGGUCUACUUUUGCCAGCCGGAGGGCUGCACCAGCGUGGGACCGCGACGGACCGGCUCCGCCAUACGGGACAUGACCUCGUUUGUGUUUGCGCUAACGGACAAGGAUUCGGGCAAGACGCGCUACGGCAUCUGUGUUAAUUUCUAUCGGCCCAUCGAGCGGCCCUGCUCCGCAACCGCCGCUGGCGCCGAACGUGGCAGCGCGGCUGGCAAUGGAGCGCCGGGCGGACACGCUGCUGGCGUUGGCGUCGGCGGCGGUGCUGGAGGUGUGCGCGGUCGACGCUCAUCGGCGUUCCGGCGGGAAUCGUGGCGCAAGAGCAUGGAGCGCAGCUCGGACUCGGCGUUCAGCAGUUACGGCCUCUUAACUACUUCUAGCGACUACAGAAGUAACGUAGCGCCCAGCGAUUCGGAUCGUGAACUGACCUCGCGUCGCGACUCUGACCAGCAGCGUCUCCAUUCCCAUCAUUAUCCGCCAACUCAAAGCUCCGGUGCUCCGGCGUCCAAGUUGGGUCUAAUGGCACCCUCAGCGGAUUCUGAAUCCGGUGGCAGUCAUUCGCCAUCGCCGCGGGCCUCACGCAAGCGCACCAAGCUGCGCAAUCAGUCGCUCACCUCGCUCUGCAUCAUAUCGCAUCAUCCGUUCUUUACCACGUUCCGUGAGUGCCUCUUCAUACUGAAGAAGCUGAUCGAUGCCUGCAACGAGUCGUCGUCACCGAAGCGUGUCGGCGCCUCGCAGAAACUCAAUCGGGACAAUGUGUGGACGGUGCUGACGGGCCAUGCCAGCGAGGCGACACCCUCCAUUGUGCUGCACGAUGUGCGCGAGAUUGAGACAUGGAUAUUGCGUCUGCUCUCCACGCCAGUGCCGGUGCCGGGCUCUACGCGUGUCGAGGUGGAGGUGCUGUCGCCAACUGUUCACGAACCAUUGCUGUUUGCACUACCGGAUCACACACGCUUUUCGCUAGUUGAUUUUCCCUUGCAUUUGCCACUCGAGCUGCUCGGCGUGGAGACAUGCCUAAAGGUUUGGACUUUGAUCAUGUUGGAGAACAAGGUGCUCUUCCAAUCGCGCGACUAUAAUGCUCUCUCCAUGUCGGUAAUGGCAUUCGUGACCAUGCUCUAUCCAUUGGAGUAUAUGUUUCCAGUGAUACCGUUGCUGCCCACAUGCCUCAGCUGCGCCGAGCAGUUGCUGCUCGCGCCCACGCCCUUUGUCAUCGGUGUGCCAGCCUCUUUUCUCAUCUAUAAAAAGAACUUUAGGCUGCCCGAUGACAUUUGGGUUGUGGAUUUGGAUUCUACCAAGCUGACGCCACCAACAGGUGGAUACGAUGAGAUACCUCCAUUGCCGGAGCCCGAGGGUACCAUACUGAAGAAUCAUCUGAAACAGGCUAUGCUACUUAUGGAUGAAGCUGGACUUGGUGCUUUAACCUCGAUGACGGCCUCCAAUCAGGCUGUAUCCUCGCAGCAGCUGUUGCCCUCGGUGCGCGAUUGUCUCCAGGAGCCGCCACUUUUGGGGGUCUCGCAAGUGCGUCUGCCGUUGCAAACGCCUCCACAUUCGGCACAGGCCAGUCAACGGAACUCGAUGUCCGCGCAGGGCGCAAUGUUGUCCCGGCAGCCCAGUCCAAUGAAUUCGCCGGCACUGAAUCCCUUUGUCUACGGCACCGACGUCGAUUCGGUGGAUGUCGCGACGCGUGUGGCCAUGGUGCGCUUUUUCAAUGCCCAGAAUACCCUGGCCAAUUUUGCGGAGCAUACGCGCACGCUGCGUCUGUAUCCACGACCCGUUGUCGCCUUCCAAAUCAAUAGUUUUCUGCGUUCAAGACCGCGCGCCUCCUCGUUCCUCAAUCAGUUUUCGCGCACGCAGGCUGUGGAAUUUCUGGCGGAAUGGUCCCUAACGCCAACAAAUGUCGCCUUCCUGCGCGUACAGACGGGCGUCAUGGACCCGAUGCAGGUGGGCGAUAAGCCCAAAUGGUUUGCCCACUCCCUGACGCCCAUACGCUUCUCGGUGUGGGAUGAUGGCAGCUCGCUGAAUGGUGCAUUGCGCUCCUUGAAGCAGCUCGAGUGCCAGCCAACGGAUGAGAGUGGCUCGGAUUCGGAGGGUGCUGACAGCAGCAGCUCCUCGUAUAGCUCACUGAGCGAUUUUGUCUCGGAGAUGGCCUCAUCGGAUUUGUCGCCCAGUCUGCACGAUGUUUUUGGCUCCUACAAUCGGCCGCAUGUCGUGCCGCAGACAUUGUCCUCGAAUCUGGAUCCGGCACUGGUCUAUCAUCCGCCCAGCAAGCUGCAGUAUCCGGAGGGUUUGGCUGGGCCAGCGGCCAGCAAGGGGGAUGAGGAGCGUGCCGAUUCGCCGGUAUCUUCCUCAUCCAGUCGCUCGGACCUGAGCUCGCCCAGCUUCAAUCGCGACUCGGAGUUUGAUUUUCAACCCAAGUCCGGUCAGCAGCCGGCGCCGGGUGCCUUUGAGCUGGCCACACCGCUGGCCAUGCGUCUCGAGGCGACAAUUAAGAUGGCCAGCCUGGAGGCCGAAUCGGAUACAACCUCCACGGUCACAGGCAAGACCAUACCCAGCAGCAAAUUGCAGCGCAAUACCAGCGAUGUGGAGCGCGCCGAGAAGAAGAUACCGCCACCGCUGACGCCGCCCGUUAAGCAACCGAGUGUCACCAAUAUAUUGGCUCGAACCGGCAGCUCUGGCUCCAGUUCGAGCAGUCCGGGUCGCCAGAGUUCACAGAGUUCCCUAUUCGAAAACUUUGCAUCGCACGCCAAGGAGCUGGUGCGUGAGACGACGCGCCAGAGCAGCCAGGAGGGUCUGUUGGCCCAUGUGGACAAGCAUGCACAGGACGAAGAUCUAGAUGAUAAAAUGCGUCACACCUUCGAAAAGUUUACGCUGCACGCCAAAAAGGCGGCUGGCGAGGCUUCCAAGCAGGCGCUGGAGGUGUCCAAGCAGGCGGCUGGCGUUAGCAAAAACACCUUGGAGGAUCUCACCUAUGUGGGCAAAUCAACGCUGGGUGAUCUGACAAAGACGGCCAAGGAGGCGGCCACCAAGAAGGGCAUCAUCAAGAUCGAAGAGCACGGCACGGCUGCGUCCAGCAAUGCACCCGCAAUGCCCAACUCUCAGCUGGCCACACAGAAACAGGUGCAGCAAAGCGGCUGCGGCGGUCCGGGCAACAAUUUUUUUUCCUCAAUUGGCACCGAUUUCAAUGGCCUGGCCUCCACCACAACGACCAUGUUCUCGGGCAUGUUUGGCAAGAAGAACCAACAGAAACAGGCGGCGGUGCAGCACAAGCCGUCCAAUAUGGGCGGCUCGAAAAACAAGGCGGGCAGCAAUUUUGAUCCAUUUCCCAGUCGUAAGGGUCUGGUGGAGCGUACGCCGCUCAUAAAGCAUUCGGGACCGCGACAAACCCAGGAGGAUCUGACGCGCCAACAGAAUCAGGAGCGUUCGCACAGCAAUGCCGAGAAUCAGGCAUUCCUCAAGGAUGUCACCAAUCAGGUGCUCGCCGGCGAGGGUGUCGGUUGGCUCAAGCUCAAUCGCUUCAAGAAACUGAUGGAGGAUGAAUCCUAUCGCACGCUCGUGCUGAGCAAGCUUAACAAGACGCUAGACAAGAAGAUAGCACCCGAUGAUCAUAUUGACGAUGUGUGUGUGACCAAGCCCGUGUGGAAGGGCAUGUUAAAGUGUGUGCAGGCAAUUGCCGGCGGCCUGGACGCGACCUUUAGCAAUUUUGGUCUCGGCGGCAUGGCCUCUGUGUUCCAGCUAAUGGAGGUGGCGCACACGCACUAUUGGAGCAAGGAGAUCAAUGAGGGCAGCGACAUGUCGUCCAGCUUGUUGUCGAGUCAUGCGGCUAGUCCCAUGGGCAGUCGUGAGAAUCUGCGCUCACCGAGCAGUCCGAAUGGCUCACAUUCGGGUCUGGGCAGUGAGUGGGCCUCGCCGCAGGAGUCGCGCAAGAGCUCAACCCAUACGGCCCUGUCGGCCACAACGGCAGCGGCGGCAACAACAACGGCCGCCGCCCGUCGUCUGUCCUCGGCGGACAGCCAGGAUGGGCAGUCGACCACCGAGAUGUUCAAGGAUAUGUUGUCGCAGAAGAGAAGUGCCUUGAAGAAUAUGCUCACCUCGUUCGAUUCUGAUGCUGCUGGCUCGACGGGCGCGCUAUCCGUGGUCAGUGAUCUGCUGCCAGCUGGCAGUCUGAGCGUCCGCAUGCCAUCCAGCUGCCGUUCCACAGUCUCAGACACCGAAUACGAAAAUACCACCACAUCGAAGGAUUCGAAAAAGAGCACCGGAAAUUUGUGGUCCGGCAAAUCGACGCUCAGCGCCGGUUUUCGCUAUACGGGCGGGCAUUUGAUUAACACCUCAUCCUCACCAUCGCCGGACAGUCCACGGGUAUAUCUAUUUGAGGGCCUUUUGGGCAAGGAUCGCCUUAAUCUGUGGAAUCAAAUGCAAUUCUGGGAGGACGCCUUCUUGGAUGCGGUCAGCCAGGAGCGUGAUAUGAUCGGCAUGGAUCAGGGUCCCAUCGAGAUGAUGGAGCGCUACAAAUCGCUCAGCGAAUCGGAGCGUAAGCGUUUGGAACACGAUGAAGAUCGCCUGCUGAGCACCAUGCUCUACAAUCUGACGGCAAUAUUGGUGAUGCUGAAUGUGAGCAAGGAUGAGAUUCGACGCAAAAUACGUCGCCUGCUGGGCAAAAGUCAUAUUGGGCUUGUCUACUCGCAGGAGGUGCACAAUGUGGUUGAUCAGAUUAACAAUCUGAAUGGCAAUGACAUUGAUCUGAAGCCUCUGGGCUCCCGGCUGUUGCAUCGCCAGAGCUUUACCGUACACCAGGGCGUCGAUGUGAAUGGACCGUUGCGUUUUAUGGAGGUGCGCGACGAUGGCCUUGUGCUGCGCUCCGUGGACGGUACAAUUGUGGAGCGCUGGUGGUACGAGCGUCUGGUCAAUAUGACCUAUUCGCCAAAGACCAAGCUGCUCUGUCUCUGGCGACGCAAUGGCGGCCAAACGCAGCUGCAUAAAUACUACACGCGCAAGUGCAAGGAGCUGUAUAAUUGCAUUAAGGAGGCAAUGGAGCGUGGCGGCACGCCCACAAAUGUACCCGAACUGGGCGGUGAGUUUCCGGUGCAGGACAUGAACACGGGCGAGGGUGGACUGCUGCAGGUCUGUCUCGAGGGUGUCGGUUUGUUGUUCUCCAACAGCAAGGAUUUCGAGUUCUUCGUGCGUUUGGAUCACAUACGCAAAUGCUUUACACAGAAGGGCGGCAUUUUCGUAUUGGAGGAGUACAAUCCGAAGACGCGCAAUCUCAUCCAGCGAAAAUAUCAGUCUAGCAUGUCGGAUCAGAUAUGCUACUCGGUGCUGUGCGUCUUCAGCUAUGUGGCCGCCGGACAGGAUCAGAAAAAGAAUCCGGUGGUGAUAACGCCGCAAAUACAGGAUAUUCAUGCGCAGCAAAAGCAGAAGCAUCAGCAGAAAGCCAGUGUUAACAACGCGCCAACAGCAACAGCUGCACCAACAACAACAACAACAGCCGCAGCAACAGCAACAACAGCUGCGCCUGCAAGGCAAAGCGCCGGCAACAAGCCUGGCAACGUAACCAUAAGGCACACGGUGCCCAUCCAGAAGCCCACCAUAACCAUGUCGACGGUGCAACCGAAUGCGAAGCUCCCUCAGCUACCGCCGCGUGUCCAAACACAGCCAUCGCAGGAGAGCAGCAGCUGCAGCUCAUCGCCAACGGCCAAGCUGCGGCACGGACAGCCGCCCGGACCGCCGCCGGCGAUACCGCCGCGAACCGGCGCCAUUGCGCGCGCCGGUUCAAUGCAGUCGCCGCCGAGCCGGCAUUUUGUGCGUCAGGCAUCGGCGAAUUCAACGCCGCCGCAAUAUACGCCACAGCCGCCGCCCCCAUUUGUCAUACCCAAGCGUUUGGCGCGCGCCUCCACGCUGACAGCAGCCCCACAUCACAUGCAGCACGCGCAGCUGUCCCAAUCCCAAACCCAAUCCCAUUCGCAAUCCCAGCAGCAGCAAUCGCAGUCACAGCAGCGCGCCAGCUACGGCAGCGUCGCCGCUGCGCUGCAGUCAUUGCCUGAGGGCAGCGUCGGGCACGUAGCCAGCGCUGGCUCCAACGCCAAUUCGAAUUCCAACUCUAGCAUCAGCCCCAUUUCCAGCACUGGCCACGUAGCGGGCGCAUCGCCUCAGUCGCAUCGCAAGCACUGACGAAGGAGUUCCUUCUUCAAGUUUAGUUCAGGUGGGGGCGGAGGCGGGGGCGGCCCCAAUGGCGAGGAGCCGCAUCCGCAGCCGCACAGACGCGACGUCUGUCGCACCAUUUGCAUACCCUGGCUAUGAGCGAAGCUCUAAGGAUAUCCUUGCAGCCCGUUAAGUCUAGACUAAUUUCAGGCUAACCAUCGUUAACCCUUCAUCCAUUGGAGUUUAGCUUUAUAAUUUUCUGAAUAUACUAGAUAUUCCAUAUAAUUUACAAUCUAAAGAAGCUUCCCAGUCUCGACCUCAGCUCUAUAAUACUUAUGAUCCGUUCACUUCUUAUAUUGCUUAAAUACUAGAUAUUGCUAUUAAAAUGUUCUUCCAACAUUUCCGUUUUCCUCUUUUGCAUUUUUCCAGAAAUCACAGCUCUAUAAGAUAGUUCACUAUCUAGAAUUCGUUAGUUCUCUAUCUAGAAUUCGAGUUCUUUACGCGUCCAGCUUUAUGGAGUUUUUGAAUAGAGAUUGCUUUAAGCUUUCGUUACAAUCACACACUCGCAAAAAUACCUCUGAAUAUUCCAGAUAUAUUAAUUCGAUAAUUCGUCUACUAACUAACUGUUCCAUGGACUUAUAGAGAGCCACAGAUAACUCUAUCUGAUCUUUUAGUAAUGCUGCCAGGUUUUCAAUCAUUUUUUUAAGCAAGUUUCCCAGCUAUCAAAAAACUCUGCUCUUCCAAACUCAAAACUCUACUGCAUUUCUCUGCGAACCUUCAUUUCGCUCUCUAGCAUAGUUACAAAUACUUAGAUAAUAUAUUUUUGCUUUUAUCUGGUAAAGUUUCUCCAAAGAAAUACAGUUCACUUUGGGUUCUGUUUUUCCCCUAAGCAGAAUAAAUUCCUAAUGCUUUAUACGAGACACGAUCCGAUCCGAUUCGAUUCGAUCGCAACCCUCGCUUGUUCCUAUGACAGCUGUUUAGGAUUAGGUCUGUCGAUUUGCUAGGCACGAGUUAUAUAAUAUACUAUAUAUAUAUAUAUGUGUACGAUUACUCGAGCAUACAAUUGUUAUCUAUAUAUGAAUACUUGUUACUGCAAGGGUAUUUGCUAGUCUAGUCUAAAAAGUAUUGUUCUCUGCAUGGUAAAAAAAAAAAGAAAAUGUUCAUAUAACACAUGCUAUAUAUGAUACGAUAUAUAUACAUACAUAUAUAUAUAUAACUACGAUAUUUUAUGUUACCCAAUGCUAGCCUAGACGCAUCAUAUCAUUAGCUCACACACGCACACACUCACACACACAUACAUACAUAUACCACAUUUAACUAGAGGAUUACGAUAUAUAGGAGAGUAACAGGCGAUGUAUAUAGAUGGAUUAUAUAUCGAAUAUGGGCACAAAAUUAAACAAGAAAAAACAACACAAAAAG